AACCAGUAACACCCUACAAGUAACCCCGACCGAAACCAGUAACACCCAUACAAGUAACCCCUGACAAAAUUAGUAACACCCUAUAAGUAACCCCGACCAAAACCUGUAACACCCAUACAAGUAACCCCAAAAUACAAGUAACACCUACAAGUAACCCCUGACAAAACCAGUAACACUCUACAAGUAACCCUUGCCGUAUUUUUCUAAACAAAAUAUUCUAAACCAAUAACCACAUACAAAAAUUUGUAAAAACAAAAUAUUCGUAUUUUUCUACCGAGAAAAUAGAACAAACUUCAGGUGAUCAAACGUUCUUAUUUACCAUCGGAGAAAUUCAUUCAUUUGGUGAAUGAAUCAGACGAUGUCCACUAUUUCCGGCGACAGCAGCAGCGGCGGCGGGCAGAGAUCACGGUGGCCCGAUCUUCCCGACGACAUUCUAUCAUCGAUCGCCGAUCGUAUUGACCCAAAAAUUGGCACUCUUCGACUUCGCUCCGUUUGCAGGUCAUGGCAUUCUUCCCUUUCUCCUCUUCCUUCCUCCAUUACUUUCCCUCUCAAGCUCCCUUUUCCACUCUCCAAUGGCGUCUCAACCUCUCCUUCUCAACUCUCUCUCUCUAAACGAACUGUUUAUCUUUUAUCUCCUCCUGAAAACUUCUCUAAUGGUGGUUUUCUCAUUAAGGUUGAGGAGAGAGAAGGUAAACGAAAUGGGUUCUCUCUUUUCGACCCUCUUUUGAGUUACUCUAAAUUCCCUCAACCGAAUUUGUGUUUGAAUCUUCUUGAUUAUAGGGUUUCUGUUGUUUGUGAAUCGUAUGUUGUUAAUUCUGAUUUGGGGUUGCCGCAGAAUCCUUUUAAGAAGGCUGUUGUUGCGAAGAAUUUCGCUGUAAAAGGUGAUUUUGUUGUUCUGGGUUUGAAAUUAAGUGGGGAAUUGUUGAUUUGGAGAAUUGGGGAUGAACAGUGGACUGAAAUUGGGGUAAAUGGGCGUUCUUUUGAUGAUAUUAUAAGUUAUAAUGGGAAGUUUUAUGCUACUGCUGAUAGAAAAGGAAGGCUUGUGAUGAUUGAUUCCAGGUUAAAACCCCUUGAUUUGGUGCCAAAAUUGGUGUAUGGUAAUGGUAUGUGUACAUAUUUGGUGGAGUGUGAUGGGAAUUUGUAUGUAGUUGAUCGAGUUGGCAUUGAUGACGGUCGAGAUAUUAAGCUUGGAGUGUUUAAAUUGGAUGAUAAGGGACAUUUUUGGGAUUAUGAGUCGGACUUGAAUGAUUGUGUGUUCUUUGUGGGUGAUGAUGCAAAUUUUUCAUUGUCUAGAAAUGAUUAUUAUGGUGAUAUAAGAAAUGUUAUCUACUUUAAGGGUGUCUCUGUUGAAGAGGAAGGUGAUAGAAUUGGUGGAAUUGAUGAAUUCACUAAAGUUUUUGACAUGAAAACAAACUCUAGUAGUUACUUGGUAGAAUCUGAGAGUUAUGCCAAGCUUUAUUGGCCGCCUUCUAGUUGGUUCCAGUCUGGCUGUAGCUCUUAAUCUUCGCUGAUUUAAGGUGCCUACACUGUCUUCUUCUGGACAAACAUCCUGAUUUCUUGCAAUUUGGAGUACUGUCCUGUUGGUGUGAGCCUCCGAGGUCUGGCGAUAAGUUUUUCUUUCUUAAUAUAAAUAAAUGUGCUCUAUUUAUUGUGAAGAGUAGACUUUUUGAGUAAUUAACUUGCAAUUCUAGGAUGUACAGUAUGGAACAAACAGUUGUGGGCUAACUUGGACAGCCUACUUCAUCCUCUUGUAAGCAAAAUUGGUGUACAUACCCCCUCUAUUCUUCACCCAGGAGGAACAAAUUAAAUCCAACUCUUGACCAAGAAUUUAAUCAAUGUUACAACAACCUUCAUCUUUUGUCAAGGGCUUUCGAACAAUAUCCAAAAGAUGUCGGAUGUUGGUGGAGAUUCUUUGAUUCUAGGGAGAUAUUAGAAUUUACGGAACCGUCGCUUGAUGAGCUAGAGUUAGAAAGCAAGUUGCUUUUUAAAUCUGGAUGUUCUUCGUUGAACAUGUUUAUGUCUAAUACAUUAAAUUAAGUUGCCUAUUAAUUUCUAGUUAUGACAUAUAUGGAUUUUUUUUUUUU